AUGUUUGAACUAUUCGCUAGCCUCGAAACUGCAAUUGAAAAACGAUUAGUAAAUCCAUCAUCAAAGACCAUGUUCGAGAAAGUAAAUGAAAAGCAUGAAACAUUUGCAACAUUAGUGAUUAAGUCUGGAAAUUUUACGGUGUUAUCUGCUCUUGUGCCGAAUCUUAUGAUCAUGUUGUACAGAAAUUUUACACGAGAAUUGCAUUCUGAAGACUAUAUAUUGCCGCAUCCCGUCUGGUUGCCAUUCUAUUGGAGAGCACCGGCUGGAUAUUUGCUUGCUUGGCUUAUUCAAUCAAAGGAUACCAUCAAUUGGGCAACAUUUAUAUUGGCGCUUUUGAAGCUUUAUUGGUCGUUUUUGUUAAUAUUCUUAUUUUGUUACUAUGGCCAAGAAGUAUCGACGGCAUUUGAGGAGCUGGACGAUGAAAUCUAUCAAUGUGAGUGGUAUGAAUUCUCAUACAAAGUACAACGCAUAUUCCCAAUUAUGAUGAUUGUGGCACAAGAAACGGUUAAUGUGGAAUCUACUGGAGAUUUUGUGUGCAAUCGAGUAACAUUUAACAAGAUUUGCAAAGCGGGUUAUAGCUAUUAUCAGGUACUUCGAAAGUUUUAUUGA